AUGGUCUCUCAGAGCCUCCUUACUGCUACCGUACUCGCGACGACUACUGCCGCCUACAAGUAUGGUCUCGCUUACAGCGAUGGCAUCGAAAUCAGUGGUUUUACGGACGACUACGUUGCCAGAACCGAAAUCACCUGGCGAUGCCGUCAAUGCUUGGAGACAGAUUUCCCGAACCAAUGCCAGGGCAGCCAUAUUGAUUUUGUGCCUGUACACUGGUACAACGACCACUCUAUGGAGCGUGACUUUGAGAACUGGGUCAACAGCAUCUGCAGCCUGGUCGGAAACCGCAAGUUCAAGCGGUUCGGAAACGAGCAUGAGCAGCUUGAUUUUCUCAGGGAUGCUCUGCCUUUCCUCGACAACAAGUCUUGUGUCAAGCGCUACGCGUACUUUGGCAUCAACAAUGCCAACAAGGACUUGAUCGAGGUGACGGCCCGAACCUUACUCAGCUCGGUGCUUGGUACGGUUUUGGUCUUCCACGAUAAGUGGCCCGCUAGGCGUUAA